AAAUUGAAUAUAUUGUUAGAAUAUAUGAUGAAAAAGCCAAUUUGUAUGAUUAAAUGGGGGAUGAGAUAUUUUGGUUGGAAUUUUUACUAUGAUGAAAGAAUUAAAGCAGUUCUAAAGGUUAAUAUACUACUCCAUACAAUUAAGAAGAUAUUAUUCAUGAUUUCAAUGAUUUCUUAUAUCCUGAAAUUAUUAUACUAUACCUAGAUUUUCAACUACAUAAACAUUUCGUUCAAUAAUUCUUAUUUAAAUGAUAAAUGA